AAGCUCAAAUCAAACACGUCGUGACGUCAAGACACGACCACCCAGUCCGGAGUCACGUGAAACGUUUCACUGCAGGUUUAUGCACCGCUUUCCUUUCAUUUUGCAGUGAAAAUACUUUGCAUUAGUACUGAAACGGCUCUGUAAUCUGCAGGAAGUUUAAAAUCCCAACAUGGACGAGGACGGGCUGCCGAUUGUGGGUUCUGGCGUCGAUCUUACCAAGGUCCCUGCUAUUCAACAGAGAAGAGUUGUUGCCUAUCUCAAUCAGUUUGUUGUGCACACGGUCCGGUUCCUUAACCGUUUCUCCACAGUUUGUGAAGAGAAACUUGCAAACAUAUCUCUUCGCAUACAGCAGAUUGAAACGACCCUGUGCAUUCUGGAAGCCAAGCUGUCCUCCAUUCCCGGGCUGGAGGACGUCACAAUAGAUGGACUCAGUCAGCGGCAACCUGCUCAGGCCAAUGGACCCACAACUGCCACUCAGAACCAAACAGGUGGUCCACCAGCAGGGACCCUGCCUCCCCCACAGCCCACUCAGACUGCACCAGAGCCUGCAACGCCACCAAAAGCAGAAGCAGCUGCAGAGAAUGUCAUGACAGUGGCCAAGGACCCACGUUAUGCCCGAUACCUGAAAAUGGUUCAAGUGGGAGUUCCAGUUAUGGCUAUAAAGAAUAAAAUGAUCCUGGAGGGUUUGGAUCCUAACUUGCUUGACACACCAGACGGCCCCGUGCCUGAUAGAGGAGCGAGGAGCGCUGAGGACCAAGACGCUGAUGUCACCAGCUCUGACAGUGAAUCAUCUUUCAGUGACUGACAUCCGUCCCCAUCACCCACAGAGGUUCCUGUAAAGGCCGUCCAUCGCUACUCUGAGCUUCUGUAGGCCUGUUACUGAGAAGGCGAUGUAGGUUGCAGUGUGCCUGUAAGUGAGUGCCAGCGAGAAGGUGCAAAUGUAAGUGCCUGAAACAGGAAGCUCCAAGCAGAGUGAUUGUAAUUUCAGUGGUAAAAGCGUUGAAAUAGUUUUGCUUAAAAUUGGUCAGUGACCUCCUCUGUUUUGAUACAUUUAGCAUUUUUGACUAAUUCAAAAAGAGGGAAUAAUUAUCCCUGUUGAUUAUGUUAGUCAUCAGAACAUGGCAGUAGCAAGUUUUUUUUUUUUUUUUUUUUUUGUACAAAAAAAGUG